UUAGUACAAAUAAAAUAAAUUGCACUGUAUUGUAAACUCAAAUUGAUAGCAUCAUAGUUGAAUUUGUAGUUUAAAUAGGAAACAUUAUAACUAAUUAGACUAUAAAACAUAUUUUUGAGUUGCCAUGAAGAAUUUUACUUGUGUACAAUUAAUGUUAUUAAUGAUUUCAUUGAGAAAUUCACUUGGACGAAGAUUUUAAAUGACAGCCACAUUUGUAUUUAAUUUAGACGCUCGCGAUGAACAUGGCCGAAGUGGAAAAACCUCAUGAAAUGAUUAACCAGAUCCAUCCGAAUGUAAUUAUACAGUACAUGCGAUUACGAAGCGACAUGGGAGAACUGCUAGCGUUGUACAAAUUGUACUGGAAGCACGUGGAGGGCGGAAUAGUCCAACGCAAAUUCAAACUCUAUUGUAACAUUUUGUUCAACGCGUUUAAUAUUUUGUUCGACCUGUACUUCAGCGACGCAGACAAGUUUAACGAGGCUAAAGCCAUUCUAAUCCAUUUGCACAACGAGAAAUACCCGGACGAAAGAGUCGACAGUUUAGUGUGGAACGCUGAAUCGACUUUUGAAAUCCACGUGCAGUCCAACCCUGAAGAAGGGUACUCCUCCGAAGAGUUGAAAAUGAGUCGACCUCACGAUAGGAUAAGACGAUUUCACCCUUUAGCACUUAUCGAGUACAUGAAGUCACAAGACGAUAUGGAAGAGUUGCUCGUAUUGUACUAUUUGUAUUGGAGACACGAACACGAGAACAUCCAAAGCUGCACAGACGGUUUGGAAGAUUAUUGUUAUUUAUUAUUGAACGCCUACAACAUACUGUUCGACACGUACUAUAGCGGCACCAAAGACAUUGAAAAAGCCAUACUGGUUUUGAAAAAUAUUGAAAAUGAAAUUUUAGCGAAGCAAACAAAAACCAAAACGGAGAAAUUAAAAACGGAGGUGGUUAAUUUGUUUUUACAGUUUUGUUACAGUGCAGGAAUAUAGGUAAAUUGUACCGGUAGAAAGUCGCUAACAUGGUCUGUUGAUUGUUUGUCAUUGUUCUGUAUUUAAUCCUAUUCAUGUAUUUUUGUUUUUACCUCAUACCUUAUCACAUACAUGCUCUAAUACUUUAAGUACACUUACCAAGUAGAAAAUAUAUUUAUAAAACACAACGUAA